GGGGAGGCACAGUUUGUCAGCGAUGUGGCCUUCACCAAACGCUCUAUGGCAGCUUCGGGUGGAGCUACCUCCGAACACCGGGCUACCCAUUGUAAUUACCCAUCAACACUGGAGGAAAAGGAGUUUGAUACAGGUGGUUGACAAUCAGCGCAUGUUCUUUGCAGCAUCGCUCAUGCAGUUAUAAACACCUCGAGAAUUCAUGAACUGGUCCACAUUAACAUCAUCUCAACGCAUAACCUCAACGUAUAACUUCAACACACAACCUCCAUCACCUCAACACAUAGCCUCAACAUGUCGAAAGCAAUCCUCAUCACCGGAGCCACUGGCAAACAGGGUGGCUCAGUUGUGAACGCGCUCCUGCGUGCCAAUGCCGACUAUCAAAUUCUCGCUCUGACGCGUGAUCCCGAGGCAGCCUCUGCUAAGAGGCUGCUGCAGAAAUCCCCAAAGAUCAAGCUGGUGGCCGGCAACAUGGACGCUGCCGACAACAUAUUCGCGAAAGCCAAAGAGGCGUCUAGUCUCCCGAUUUGGGGAGUAUUCAGCGUACAGCUUGCUAUUGGAAACGGCGCCAGCCCUCAGUCCGAAGAGCGCCAGGGGAAGGCCCUGAUCGACGCCGCCCUCAAAUCGGGCGUCAAGCAUUUUGUCUAUUCCUCGGUCGACCGUGGCGGCUCCGCCAAAUCAGAUACAGAUCCCACAAACGUUCCUCACUUCGCCAGCAAGUACAAUAUCGAACAAUACCUCUUCGAGAAGACCAAGAACCAAGAGAUGGACUGGACGGUUCUUCGGCCGGUUGCAUUUUUUGAAAACCUCGUUCCUGGCUUCCUUGGCAAAGUCUUCACAGCGAGCUGGGCCCGGAAUCUGAGAAAGGAUCAGAAACUCCAGCUGAUCGCGACUAGCGACAUCGGAUUCUUUGCCGCCGAGGCAUUUAUGAAGCCGGAGCAGUACAAAAACACCAAGCUCUCGCUGGCCGGCGACGAAUUGACCUACGACCAGUUCAAGACGAUCUUCGAGCAGAGAAUCGGCACAACGCUGCCCACCACCUUCUCGUUCAUAGCUGGCCUGAUCAACUGGAUGGUCAAGGACCUUGGCUACAUGUUCCGAUGGUUUCGCGAUGUCGGAUAUGGAGCAGAUAUAUCAAGCUUGAAGCAGCUCAAUCCCGGAUUGAAGGACUUUGGCACAUGGCUCGAGACCGAGAGUCAGUUCAAGAAGGCGUGAUGGCAUCUCACUGGACUAAGGGAGAUCCGGGGCAGUGGAUGGAGAAUAUAGGAUACCGCGCCCGAGAACUCGAAUCCAGCAAAAAGUGGUUUUCUGUGGCUUGCUAUACUUUUUG